AUGCCAUGCCCUCAAAGUUCACUGGAGAAAAAAAAUUCAAGUGAUUCCGAUGAGAAAAACGUAGGAGGGGAAACCCCGUAUGAAAAACUCAUGCACAGCCUUCAUCACGAUCCAAAAUGGUUGCAAGAAGUUAAUCUCGGUCGUCGCGUCGGAUUAUAUAAAUUUCGGGGUAAAUUGGGGAGCGGUAAUUUUUCACAAGUCAAAUUGGCCGUACAUCAAUUGACAAAAGAAAGGGUCGCAAUCAAAAUUGUCGAUAAGGGAAUGUUGGAUGAUAAAAUGAUGAGGAUGUUGAAUCAAGAAAUAUCAACCAUGGAGUCCAUACAUCAUCCGAAUUUGAUAAGAUUAUACGAAGUAGUUGAAACGUAUAGCAAAUUGUAUUUGGUCAUGGAAUAUGCAAGCGGUGGAGAAUUGUACAAUAAGGUCACGACCCUUGGAAAACUCGAAGAAAUGGUCGCGAGAAAUUUAUUUGCUCAAAUAUGUUCAGCCGUUAAUCACAUGCACGAGCGACACAUUGUCCACAGAGACAUAAAAGCAGAAAAUGUUUUUUUUUCAAAUCCGAAUCGUGUGAAAUUGGGAGAUUUUGGAUUUAGCACUCAUUUAACAGAAGGUAAUAAUCAAAAGUUGAACACUUUUUGUGGAUCUCCGCCCUAUGCGGCACCGGAAUUGUUUUGCGAUGAAAAUUACAUCGGUGGUCCGGUCGACGUGUGGGCACUUGGUGUACUUUUGUAUUUCAUGGUCGUGGGUAGAAUGCCGUUCAAGGGACAAAACGUUCCGACAUUGAAAACGAACAUAAUUGCGGGUGCUUAUCACAUACCCAGCAACGUGUCAAGAGAAUGUGCGGAUUUAAUAGAGGGAAUAAUACAACAAAAUCCAUUAGAUAGACUGACAAUGUCUUCGAUUCUUUCAUCCGAUUGGUUAAAAGGUAUCGUACUACCAUCACCGAUUGAUUCGAAUAACGGUUACUAUUUGGCACCGACCCUCAGGAAAAGCGUUAAUAAUAUUUCGAACGAAACCAACGAACAAUACUCAUCGAUAGAACAAACCGCUCGGGAAAGAUUGCACGAUUUGGGUAUAACUAGUCAACUAUUGGAAGGACAAAAUUGUCAAGGGUCAAGGAGUCACAUCAUAGGAGCCUAUCGAAUAGUAGUUCAUAGAGUACAAAAGCAACUCUCGUCAUUUUUAGACACGGAUUUGCAUAAUUUUCAUGGUGGUGGUGGUGGUGGGGAAAAGUCGAUCGUUCAUCGACGACGACGACGACGAAUGAAUCCACUCGGGAAAAUGGAAAAAUGGAAAAAUUAUCAUUGGAAUCGAUCGAUAAAUCGAAAUCCGGAUUGUUGA